AGAAAGAGAGAAACAACUGUAACAGUUUUUAAACGUAUAUCUCUCUCACUAAACAAAAAAAACAAAAACAAAAAAAAGAAGACGAAAGAGUUCUCUCAAGUCUCUUUCGUAUGGCAUCGUUUGGAUCCCAAGUAACUCUUUAGCUUCAGUUUUUGUUUCUAGUUUUCUUGGAUCCUUAGUGUAUCAGAUCGGAGAUGUCUGAUGUUUCCGGUGACGGAGAUGUAUCGGCGACGGUGACUGAGCAGUCUGCGCAACUUGCAGCGUUGUAUCCGUCACUGACGGUGUCGGCCUCUUACAAGGAGAGCGGGGGAGGAAAAAGCUCUUCCAAACGUAGGCCAAUCAGGACGAACUUAGACGACGUAGCAGCCGACAAUGAGUUCAUCACUCAACUCCAUGGCUCGGAUCCAGUGAAGGUCGAGCUUAAUCGACUAGAGAACGAAGUUAGAGAUAAGGAUCGAGAGUUAGGGGAAGCACACGCUGAGAUCAAAGCGUUAAGGCUGUCUGAGAGACAGAGAGAGAAAGCUGUUGAAGAGCUUACUGAGGAGCUUGUUAAGUUGGAUGAGAAGCUCAAGUUGACAGAGUCCAGUCUCCAAAACAAAAAUCUAGAAAUCAAGAAGAUCAAUGAGGAGAAAAAAGCAUCAAUGGCUGCUCAGUUUGCUGCGGAAGCCACCUUAAGAAGGGUCCACGCUGCGCAAAAGGAUGAUGACAUGCCUCCAAUUGAAGCCAUCCUUGCUCCUUUAGAAGCUGAACUUAAGCUUGCACGUUCAGAGAUUGGGAAGCUUCAAGAAGACAACAGAGCUUUGGAUCGUCUGACUAAGUCAAAGGAAGCUGCCUUACUUGAUGCUGAGAGGACCGUUGAAGGUGCCCUUGCAAAAGCAGCCUUGGUUGAUGAUCUUCAAAACAAGAACCAAGAGUUAAUGAAACAAAUAGAAAUCUGUCAGGAAGAAAACAAGAUUCUAGACAAAAUGCACAGGCAAAAGGUUGCUGACGUGGAAAAGCUCACUCAGACAGUAAAAGAGCUUGAAGAGGCUGUUCUUGCAGGUGGUGCUGCUGCAAACGCUGUGAGGGACUACCAGAGGAAGUUCCAAGAGAUGAAUGAAGAGAGGAAAACUCUUGACAGGGAGCUUGCAAGGGCAAAGGUUACAGCGAACAGAGUUGCAACUGUGGUAGCAAAUGAGUGGAAAGAUGGUAAUGGUAAAGUGAUGCCUGUGAAGCAAUGGCUUGAAGAAAGAAGGUUUCUACAGGGAGAAAUGCAGCAACUUCGAGAUAAGCUUGCCAUAACAGACCGAGCUGCUAAAUCCGAAGCACAGUUAAAAGAAAAGUUUCAAAUGCGGCUUAAAGUGCUUGAGGAGACACUUAAAGGAACUUCAAGCAGCAGCAUCAAGAACACGUCCGAGUCAAGGACCAUGAGUAACGGACCCUCUCGCAGACAGUCGCUUGGUGGAUCUCCAUCAAACGGUGCAUUGUCAAAGAAAGCUCCAGUGCUGAAGAAUGCUAAAGGAACAUCUAGGUCAUUUGAUGGAGGUACAAGAUCCUUGGACAGGGGAAAAGCACUCUUGAACGGACCUGGGAACUAUUCUUUCAACAAGGCUUGUGAUGAUGACUCUAAGGAACCAGAGUCAGCUAAUGGGUGGAAAGAGAGUUCAGAGGAAAAGACACAAAGUGAAAACACUCCAGCAGCAUCAACAGAGGAUAGUGUCCCAGGUGUUUUGUAUGAUUUGCUGCAGAAAGAAGUAGUUUCUUUGAGGAAAGCUUCCCAUGAGAAGGAUCAAAGUCUCAAAGACAAGGAUGAUGCCAUCGAGAUGCUUGCAAAGAAGGUGGAGACAUUGACUAAGGCGAUGGAAGUUGAAGCGAAGAAAAUGAGAAGGGAAGUAGCUGCGAUGGAGAAAGAAGUUGCUGCAAUGCGUGUGGAGAAGGAUCAGGAUAACAGAGCCAAAAGGUUUUCAAAUAUCAAGAACUCAUCCAACACCGCUCAGAUUCUUGCUGGAAGAGCUGCUGGACGAAGCGACUGAACCAAGAUAAGUACACAGUGAGCAUGAAGGUUCCAGAAAUAACAAGUAAAAGAAUCUUAUAGGCUCUUGUUAUUAAGUUGUUUAGCCGUUAUAUAUCUUCUUCUUUCACUUGCUUUUUACUUUUUGUGUGUUUAAGUUAUACCUCAUGUGGUUUAUUGUAUCACCAUACAGAUUAGCAUGCUGAUAAACCCAUCCUCACACCUCUAUAUAACCCAGUAAAGAGAGAAGAGUUUGUGAGGUUUAAACUGGUUAGAGGGAGGAGAUAAAUGUUGACAUUUUUGGAUAACAUUUUCAUCCCUUUUCCGGAAGUUAGUUUGUGUUUGGGUGUGUAUAGGUUAGAGAGCUUUUUUAUUGCCUUCUCUAGAGAGAGAGAGAGUUUGUGUACCUCUGAUUCCUUAUUUGUUUGUACACUACUUUAGUCUUUGUGUGAUCAUUCGUUUGUAUGUUUGGGUUUUGCUAAUAUAUUGAUUUUUAUAAA